GAGUUCUAGCUAGAGCUAGCUUUGCUUAAAUAAUCAAAGGUUCGAACUGAUCGGGUUGCUUCGUUUCGAAUCCGGAAAAGGACAACAUUUCUGAGUUUGGGACGAUGUGAAAACACUAGUCGUCGAAUAUUUCUGGAGAAUCUCCAUUGCUUUCAGCAGCCAGAGCGAAGAAAAGCGUGAACAAAAUAUGAGACCCUGUUACUAAGCGUAAAUUUAGAUUUUCUCUUUGUCCUCUUACUUGCGUGCAUACCAUGGCAAACCUUGUUGAAUCCAUGAACAAAGCGAUAGAAUGCAACAACAUUGGCGUCGAUUUGCUUCGGGCGGGGAGACUUGACGAGGCUAUCGAAACAUUUAAAGGAGCGGCGGAAGUGAUGUAUCCAGUUUCCCGAGUUCUUCAACUUUCUCAAGCCUAUGUCUUUCGACCAACACAACCCAUCCAGGUGGACGUCCGGGAAAGUGAAAUCCUGAAGAAGGCGAGAUCUAGGCUUUCCAGCUUGUGUCAAAGUGCAGCGUCAUCCUCAAAAUUGGGAUGCAUUAACUGUUUCAUCUAUGUUGACCCUAAGAAGAUUGAGCCAAUGGUGUGCGAUCCCGCUUCGUGCACGCUGGAGUCUGCCACUGUCGUAUACAACAUGGGGUUGACAUACCAUCUUCAAGGAUCUGCAGCCUGCUUACAGAAAGCUUUGUGCCUCUUCGACAUGGCUUUUGAUUUGGUUAGCUCUGCAGAUAGCUAUGCCAGCUCAUCUGAAAUCGCAAUGGCUGCGCUCAAUAACGCGGGGGAAAUACAUCACGCGGUUGGGCACUACCAGCUUUCUCGUCAGUACUUGAAUACAUUAUCAGCCUUUAUUUUACGAUUGCCGAAUUCCGAAUGCAAGAAGACGCGAUGGGAGCGGCACCAGUUCCUUUUGAAUGCUAUGCUUCUGCAAGAACCACGGUUUGCCGGAGCUGCAUAA